GUCAACUCCGUCGUUUUCAGCGACGAGAGCGGCGACAAAAAGCAAGGCCCGGCGGUGCAGAGCCGGACGAAGGAUGGUCUCAACGUUCGACUGGAGGUGUCUUUUCAGUACCGGCUGAAGUUUAACCAAGUCUUCGACCUCUACACAACUCUGGGAGCAGAAUAUGAGUCGACACUUCUGCGCAUGGCUAUAGAGCAGCUGUCCACGGCAGCAACGGACCACAGUGCCCACUUCUUCUUCACGAACCGGACCGCUAUCAGUGCUGUGAUGCAUGAUCGGCUGAACAAGCACCUCCAGGACCGGGCCUUCUCCGAGGUUCCCUUCUUUCAGCUCAGGACCGUGCAUUUACCUUCUGAGUUCGAGGAGGCGAUCCGUGAGACGCAGCUGAAGCAGCAGGACAUCCAAAUUGCUGGCCUGGAGCAGAAGACGAAAACCGUCACUUUCAAGACCCGCGUACUGCAGGCGGAGCAGGAAGUGAAAGUUCUGAUCAACCAGGCGGAAGCAGAAGCAGCGAGUAUCAACGCAACCAACAGGGCGUACUGCCGUCAGUACAAGGUGACGCAAGAUCUCCAGACCAGUGCUUUGUCUCAGAUGGUGGCAGCAUCUGGCUGGGAUGUGUCGCAGCUUUUGGACUACAUGCGAGUGCGUGCAUUUCGCGGCCAUCCAGCGGAGAAGAGCAUGGUCCGUUUCUGA